AUUUUGGCCUAAAACACAGGCCUCUGAUAUGGCGAUAGAACUGUCAUAGAAGCGCUGCCGAUGUUGUUGUAUGCUGGAGGUGGACGGAAGCAGUUGCAGUUGUUUUGGAUGUGAGUCCCUCGAUGGACUCGGCCCCGGCUGGGGAGACGACGUCGCUGCAAACUUCUCUCAACGCCAUCACGAUGAUUCUUCAGAGGAAGAUGUUUGCCGAGUCAAAAGAUGAGGUGGCCCUAGUUCUAUUCGGCACGGACAACACUGCCAACGAUCUGGCAGACGGAGACAAUUACGCAAGAAUCAUCGUAGCCAAGCCACUUGCGGCACCAAGCUGGGACCUACUGGAGUAUGUUCAGAAUGACAUCCAAGCCAGUCAUCACACUGGAGAUUUUAUUGAUGCGCUCGUUGUGGCUGUGGACCAUUUGAGGAAAGCGACAAAAGGCAAACGUGGUAUUGCAGGAAAACGAUUGAUUCUCUUCUCGAACCUCGGUGGCGAGUUUGGUGAUGACAAAAUUGACACGAUAGUAGGUGCUCUCAAGGCUGAAGAAGUGGAGCUUAACAUCAUCGGUCCGUCCCUGGGCGAUGACGAUGACGACGACGGGCCACCAAAUGCAGCCAAUGCCAAUGGCCACACCAAGGAAAAGACACCACAGCAGAGAGCCGGCGAAACGAUGGUCCAACAUAUCUUGUCAGAGGUGGAGGGAGAAUGCUACUCCUUUGGAGAAGCGCUACCAGCGUUGAGUUAUUUCCAAGCCAAGGCUGUCAAGCAGACUGCCUGGAAGUGUACUCUGGACAUCGGGGCCGACCUAAGAAUUCCAAUUUGUAUGUAUACCAGGGUGACAGAAGCCAAGACCAAAUCUAUGAAAAAAGUCUACGCACGCGACCAGGAUGCGGCCAUUCAAAACGAACGCACGUUCCAUCUGAAUGAUGAGGCCGAGACCGAGAUUGAGAAAGACGAUACUGUCCAAGGUCAUCGAUACGGGAAAGAUCUGGUGCCGUUUUCGCCCGAGGAUAUCGAGGGGAUGAAAUUUCAGGCGGAAAAAUGUUUCAAGGUGCUAGGAAUGACAAAAUCUGAAAACGUAAAGCGACACCACUACAUGGGAACCAGUGUGUACUGUUGCGUGGGCGACAAGGGUGAUGACGCAGCAGCUGUAGCACUCUCCGCGCUCAUCCAAGCUUUAUACGAAACCAACAGCGUUGUCAUCGUACGACGGGUGUACGCCAACAAAGGCUCGCCGAAAUUAGGCUUCCUGUCUCCUCACAUCAAGGCCAAGUAUGAGUGCCUCAUGUAUUCCGAGCUGCCGUUUAUGGAGGACGUCCGGCAGUUCACGUUUGGUUCGUUACCCCUGAGCGACGAUGCGCCACCUGCUGUCCAAAAAUACAAACCUUCCGCGGAACAGCUAGAACUUAUCGACAAUCUCAUUACGGAUAUGGAUUUGACAAAUGUCGUCGAGGACGACGAUGGUGAGAAAAACGAGGCGUUAAAACCUAAGUUGACGUUUAACCCAUUCAGACAAAGACUUUUCCAGUGUCUUCAACACCGAGCACUCAACCCCGACGAGCCGUUACCAGAACUUAACCCACUCAUAGCCGACUACCUCAAACCUGCCACGGAGGUGACGACAAAGUGCGAAGGCACCGUCAAAAAGAUGAAAGAAAAAUUCAAACUUGAAGUCGUCCAAGUGAAGAAGGAGGUACAGACAGGACAGAACGUUUUUAAAGAAAAUGAUGAUGAUGGCCCAGCUGCCAAGAAGCCCAAGGUCGAGGUCGCCGGCGGUAUGGCCGACAUUACUAAGGUCAUGGUCACAGAGGUUGGCACGGUAACGCCUGUGGAAGACUUCAGGAGUAUAAUCUCAGCCAAGGAUGAAGAUCGUUUUGAAGAAGCGUGUAAGAUGAUGCAGACCGUCAUCAUCAAGACGAUUAUGGCUUCCUUUGGAUCUCAGUUCUUUGGCAAGGCGCUUGACUGUCUGAAAGCACUCAGACAAGAAUGUGUCAAGAAUUCCGAGCCAAAUACAUUUAACCAUUAUUUAGUGAUAUUGAAGGAGACUUUGAAAGAGAAGAACAAGAAGGACUUCUGGCAAGAGAUUGUAAAAGAUCAUCUGACCUUGAUUGACAAAAGCGAGAGUGAAGACAGCGGCGUGACCAAGGAAGAGGGAGCAAAGUUCCUGGAGGGAGAGGUGAAAGAGGAGGAGCCUGAAGAAAAGGAGGAUGAGGAAGAUGCUGAUGAUCUGUUGGCGAUGAUGUAGUUGACAAGGUGAGGUCGUUGCAACCACGAUAAGGUGAAACGAGGUCACUGUGACCUUAGUGCAUUCAGGAAUGAUCUUAGCGAAGGGCAGCUGGAAUCGAGCACGUUCAAAAUGAGUGAUUCGAGUUCACCCUCUCACUUAUAAGGCAAUAUGUAGUGAGGCUUGUUAGUGGGUUCAAAUGUUAGGCAUUGAAGCGACUGUUUUUAGAUGUUUCGAACCCGGGAGCGAUAAAAUAGUGGUUACCUGGCAGACGCCCAAGCAACUCGGCCUGAUUGCCCACGCAACGUCGGCAGUAACAAGCAUCAGGCACAAGAUCAAGCACUGGUAAUCGAAUGUGCUAAUAGAUGACGUCCUGUUCUGGUGAGGAAUGCUGUCGUAAGUCACAGUUCGCCUUGAAGAAGAUUCCAGAUGGACCUUGCUCAGUUCUGGGCAAAAUGUCAGGGUAUGGUGGACUCGUAAAUAUAUGAUAGACUGCAAUAGAGCUGGUUAAUCAACACUGCCAGGAAAUUGAUGUAUUUUCUUGGUGAAUUGUUUCCUUUUGAAUGUGCUACCAAAUUACAGGUUAUUUCAUUCAAACAGAAAUGUUGUUGUGUAUGUUUUAUUCUCGUUACACCCUGUACAGAUUCUGUGAACCCCUUUAAUAUGGCAGCCCUGAUUUCAGCAAAUAUUUUAUGUCAUUUUGGAUGUCACUACCACAAAUGGAUUGGUUUUCCAAUGACUCAAAAACCUGCCACCUAGGAGGAAACUGGUGAACUAAAAUUAUCCUGUCGGAUGAGAGCAGAUGAUAGCAUUCUUGUCUUGAUGUCAAAAUACCUGCUUUAGGAGCAGCAAUUUUUGCGGGAACUUAUAUUUCAUUUGAACAUGGUGAAGUAAGCAAGUACUUGUCAUGAAAAUAGCAUUUUGACUUUGUCCCUGAAAUGAAUGAAUCAAAAACGAAGUUCCUUGCAGGCUGCAGGCUUUAGUUACUCGUGUUGCGUACAGGGGGCAGUAUAGGUACUUGUAAUCUCUUUGUUGCGUUUGAGUGGCAAACUUUUUUCAAAAUAAACAAAGUAU